GCGAACGGUUCUCCUCUGAGCGGCCAAGUUUGAAUUUCGAGAGAAGACUGAAACGAUGCGCGUGCGCCGUGUGAAUUUCGCAAAGUUUUGAAAUCUCUUGAGAUCUGUGAGAUGUGCCCAUAAACAACACACAUAUAAGACGUAUAGAAAAACACAGUGCAAAUUAAUUAGCAAACAAGACAGGGUUCAAGACCAAUUUGACGUGCCCAUUGAAACGCCACUGGAUUAGUUUCAAGACGUGCAAAAGUAAACAAUCAAAAAUUGACUGCAAAAUGGUUCGCAGCCUGGCCCAGUGGACGAAGACGCUGAGCUUCCCCUCGCGUCUCUCGCCCAAUCGCAACUCCAAGGACUGCUCCACAUUGGCCAGUCCGGUGCCGCCGCCCACUCCGCCCAGGAACAAGGCCACCGGCAGCAAUUGCGCCACAUCGCGCUCCUCCUCCUCCACGGUCUCCUCAUCGCACUCGUCCUCCCACAGUUCACCUACCCCAGGAAAUAACAAUAACAACAUGCCCAUCACGGAACUGGAACAGAUUAUUUAUCCCGGCCCCGACCCCAUCAUGGGCUCCCUGGUGUUUUGCAUCCACCACAAGCAGGGAUGCAACUGGUCCGAUGAGCUGCGCAAGCUAAAGGCCCAUCUGAACACCUGCAAACACGACGCCACCCAGUGCCCCAACAAGUGCGGAGCGCAGAUCCCACGCACCAUGAUGACCGAUCACCUGCAGUACACCUGCAUCAUGCGGAGGACUCGCUGCGAGUUCUGCCAGAGCGAGUUCUCUGGCGCCGGGCUCGAGGAGCACAAUGGCAGCUGCGGCCAGGAGCCCGUCUACUGCGAGGCCAAGUGUGGCCAGCGGGUUCUCCGCGGCAGAAUGACCAUUCACAAGUCCAAGGACUGUGCCAAGCGUCUCCGGCGCUGUGCCCACUGCCAGCGCGAGUUCUCGGCGGACACCCUGCCCCUCCAUGCGGCCCAAUGCCCCAGGGCUCCGUUGACCUGCCCCCAGAGAUGCGAUGCAGGUCCUAUCGCCAGGGGUGAGCUAGAGGCCCAUCUGCGGGACGAAUGCCAGUCGCUGGCCGUGCCCUGCAGCUUCAAGGAGGCUGGUUGCCGCUUCAAGGGCCCCCGCCAGAUGCUGGAGGCUCAUCUCGAGAGCAACGCCGCCGCCCACCUCUCCCUUAUGGUGGCCCUCAGCUCCAGACAGGGCCAGCAGAUCCAGAUGCUCAAGUCCGCCGUGUCCAAGCUGUCCAUCAACUACACAGGCACUCUGCUGUGGAAGAUCACCGACUGGUCGGCCAAGAUGACAGAGGCCAGGGGCAAGGACGGGCUGGAGCUGGUUUCGCCGCCCUUCUACACCUCCCAGUACGGCUACAAGCUGCAGGCCUCAAUGUUCCUCAACGGCAAUGGUCCCGGCGAGAAUACGCACGUAUCCGUGUAUAUCAAAGUCCUACCCGGAGAAUACGACGCUCUGCUCAAGUGGCCCUUCUCCCACUCGAUCACAUUCACGCUGUUCGAGCAGGGUGCCCAGAGCGGCCAGGGUGGCGUGGCGGAGUCGUUCGUCCCGGAUCCCACCUGGGAGAACUUCCAGCGACCAUCGAACGAACCCGACCAGCUCGGAUUCGGCUUCCCGCGCUUCAUCUCCCACGAGCUGCUGCACAGCCGACCCUUCAUCAAGAGCGACACUGUGUUCCUGCGCGUCAAGGUGGACCCCAGCAAGAUUGUGGCCGUCUAGGGAGCAGAUGAAGUAGCAUCCCACCCCUAGCUUAGACAUUUACUCGACUUGUGUAAAUACUGUGUAUUUAAAUUUAUGAGUAAAUCGGUAGCCUAGCGUAGUCUAGACUGUACAGUCCCAGCGGCAGCUUCGGGCGAUGUUGGCCAACAAACGCUAACUGGCCUUGGAAUGCCGCUCGCUGGACCACUGCGGCAUAGUCAUAUUCGUAUCGUUAAGGUUUUUGCAGUGCUGGAAUUGAACCAAAGCAUAAUUACACGUAAUGAUCAUUUGUAACGCAUCCAAUACAUCCGUAAAUGUACGCCUAAGUUCGUGUCUUAAGUCUUUUGUUUAGAGAUGUGUAUUAUUGCGCGCAAUGCGAUCACUUUCAAAAGAUCUUCAACUAGACCGUACGCUCAAAAUCAGUUAGUCCAUAAGUUGCAUGUACAUAGCCUAAAAAUCGGAGCAGCAGCAGCAGCAUCAGCCGCAGCGACCGCAACUGCAGCACCUGCAGCAGCAGCCACAGACCUAGUUAUAGUUGUAGCACCUACACCCGGUUAGAUAGUCGCCUAAGCCAACGCAUUAGUCAUUAGUACCCUGAACAAGAACAUAAACACGAGAAUCCAACUUUCAACAUAGUCAAAUAAGUUUAUGUUUAAGGGAGAUGAGUCAAGCAUACA